UGCAUUACCCCUGCCUGCCGCUAGGAAGCCCGCUUGCCUCCCACUUCUCUGUGCAAGAGAAAAGCCCCUGCCACAGCCAGGAUCCCCCUGGAAGCGAUCGUUACGUGUGAAGCCCCGGGAGGGGGGAGAGAACCCCAACCCAGCGUCUCCGGGAGGCAGUUCACUGGCAGCGCUGUAACCAUUAUCCCAGGAGCAGCUCCAAAGAUCCGAUUCUAGUAAGGGCAGCAAGAGUUCUGUGAUGUUAUCACACACCCAUGUGACCUGCAUUCCUGAUGUAACUGAAGUUCCUUCCACUCCUAGCUUUUAAGAGAUGCCUAUUUGUAAAAAUACUGAAAACAGGGUGCUACAGUCAUGUGACUCAGUCUCAGAUAAACCUCAGUCACACUUUACUGCUGAGCUGCAAGUUGGAGUGAUAUCACCCCCUCCCCAGCAUAAAGCACCAUGCAAAUCAUGACAGAAUCCCUUUACGUUCAAUCGGAUGCAGUCCUAAGGGCCACUGGGACAUAUCUACUGGAAAGGAACUGAUUCUGAGAGGACCUGAUGAAUACUUUGUAUUCCCACGUUUGGCCAUUGAACAUCAACGAUGCCAGAGAGAACAAAGACUCAGAUAAGAGACCAUGACAAGCAAUUUUAAUUUUCUAUAAAAGUUUGUUCUAUUUUAAUCUUCAAACAUUUUUCAGAAACAGUUCUCCAAAAUGACAAGUCUGUUUCGUAGAAGCAACAGCAAUGGGAGCUCUAGAAGUACCCCGGCCACUCAGGAACUUAACAAUAGCCGUCCAGUACGAAGGCUGGAGUUUAACCAGGCAAUGGAGGAUUUUAAGACUAUGUUCCCAAAUAUGGAGUAUGAUAUCAUUGAGUGUGUGCUGAGAGCUAAUAAUGGAGCUGUAGAUGCUACAAUAGAUCAGCUGCUACAGAUGAACCUUGAUGAUGGUGGAUAUGACUACAGUUCUGAUUCUGAUGACAGUAUUCCUCCAGAGAUAUUGGAAAGAACGCUAGAGCCGGAUAGCUCUGAUGAGGAACCCCCUCCAGUGUAUUCCCCUCCUGCUUAUAACAUGCCUUUAUUGGACAUUGCACAAACACCACCAACUCCUCCACCUAGGACUGAUGUGCAGAGUUUCAGUGGCCCUCAAGUAGCAAAAAGGUGCAGAAAGUGGAAUCCUCCUUUAGUGGGUAACCUACCAGAUGAUUUUCUACGCAUUUUACCCCAACAGAUGGAUAGUAUUCAGAGUUCCCAAAGUGGUCCUUCUAAUGUUCACUGUGAGGAUACCAAAAAGGAACAUCAAUCCAUGGACCAGGAAAGGAAAUUAAAGCAGUACCUGGAAGAUGAGCGAAUUGCCCUUUUCCUACAGAAUGAAGAAUUUAUGCGGGAGCUUCAACGAAACAGAGAAUUUCUUCUUGCACUUGAAAGAGACCGUUUGAAAUAUGAGUCAAAAAGAUCCAAGUCUAACAACAGUCAAGUCAAUAAUGAUUUCAGCUUUUGCCCUUCAAUAUCUGAUGACUUCCAAGCCAUUUCUGGAAGUUGUGACUCUAACAGUACUGUAUCUGAAGAUGCCUUAUUUAGAGAUAAAUUGAAACACAUGGGCAAGUCUACAAGGAAGAAAUUGUUUGAAAUCGCUCGAGCUUUUUCUGAGAAAACAAAAAUGAGGAAAUCGAAAAGGAAACAUUUGCUGAAGCAUCAGGUCCUUGGAACUGCUGCCUCCACAGCAAACCUUCUGGAUAAUGUUGAAGUUCAUUCAUGCGAUGAAGAUGCACAGACAAAGUCAAAACAGCAAAACCGUGAAGAAAAUGAAACACUGAAAGGACAACCAAAGUCCUAACUCCAGGUCCUUUGUGACUUAAAUUGCUCAUCAAAGCAAGAAGGAAAAGAUUUGGAUAUGUGCUGCAAUUACCCUUUUUCUUUUUUGGACAAAUGCAAGGCACAAUUUUUUAAUCACAUAUUUUAAUAUUUAAUGAUUGCAGCCAAACCUCAAUAUUUGUAGCAAUCAUACUGCUUAAAUAUAGUGGUAAAAUGGCACAACAGAUUACCUAGAUCAUUUUCAUCUUCUGAUGCUUGGUAUUAUUUUGUAUUUUAUUUUGUCGAGGCGAUAUCUCCUCGUUAUGUUUGAAAACAAAAAUGUUAAGGAAAUAUCUGUGCACAACACAACAGCUGUUCAUUUACUUUUCAAUAAGAAGAAAUGACCAAGUGCAAUAAACAAAUCAUUUUAUGUUAUGUGUUUGUGGGGGAAGAAUCACUUGUCUUUUUUUAUCUAAUUCAUAGGCUUGUAAACUGUGGGGCUUCUCCCUAGGGGGUUUAAAGGAAUUGAUUGGUACUCAACCUGAGGGUGAGAUUUGUGUUGCAUAUGUGUCUGCCUUACUGGUUAGCUAUGGGGGUAUAGCAGUGUGGCUGUUACCACUAUCUGUAAUCUUCUUAGGAGAUAAGUGGGACCUGACCAAAUGUUAGACCACGAAUCCUUUCAAUCAGAUGGGUGUCUCUCAUAUGCAGCUGUAUAAAGUCAUGAUAGUAUCACUGAGCAAUGUCUCCAUGCUACUAUCUUAAAUCACAGGAAUAUUAAAGGGAUAUAUGUAAAGGGAGAGAGCUAAAGAAUAUUCCUCACUUCAAGUAGCACAACAAUUACUUCUCCCUCAUAAGUAGAAGUCAACAGAAUGAUUUUUUUUUACAGCAUUUUAUAUUUUUAACAGUUUUUUUUUCCAGUCAAGGAUUUGUACUAAAUCACAAAUGAAUUUUACUUUGAAAUAAUGUUUAUUAUUUUCUUGAUAAUAGCAAGGCCUUGUUAACAUCAUCAAUGCAGUCUCAAAGGGUAUAUAACAGGGUUGACUAACCAGGCCAUGCAGAGCAGCAAUGUAUGGGGUUCCAUUGUGCACCACAGAUUUAUAUUUUGACCAUGCAGGCAACCUGUAUUGGUGAGAAAAAAUCACCUUUGGCAUAUAGCAGAUAAUUAAUGUAUUCAUUCAUUCAUUUAGUCUCCCAAAAAUCUGUCCCAUGGAAAGCAAUUUAUUAGCCUGGCCAAAAUACAAUUUUACCCUCCUCCCCUGAUCAUAACCUCCAAGCAUCCACAGACAUUGCUGAGCAACAGUUGGUUGCCCAAUUUGUAUUUGACUGGGGCCUCCUGCCCCGGUCCUGAGCAGAAACAUAGUGGGUGGAGUCAGCAAAUAUCUCUUUGCAACACAGCUAUCUGUUGUAUGGAAUCUUUUUACAAAUGAUGGUACUGUAAUUUUGAAUUAUAACUAACAACCCAUCUUUUAUGGGUAUGCACAUACCAUAAUGUAUAAAUAAUGAAAUCACCCUCAAACAUAUCUUGUUUUUUAACUUAAAAAAUAUCCAUGUAAUGAAAGCUUUCUGCGAAGGGCUUGUUUGAAGAAGUAUAAAACAUGUAGUGACUAUAUAUUUUGUACUCCUGUAAAAGAAACUGAAUGAUUGUCUAUUCAAGUAAUGUAAAGAACAUUGUUAAUAUGGUUGCAUCUGAAACAGACAUUUAUUGUAUGUAUCAUACGUUAUGCGUUAAGACAGAAUUAGAUUUGUAAAGUAUUGAUGAAAUAAAAAAAGGUUAUGUAUUAUUCAAAUGAAAUACAAGUGUUUAUAAUGAUGCCACAA